AUGGACGACACGAAGACGAAGAAACAGCGAAUACACAUCGAGGCCUUGUGGAUAUAUCCACUUAAAGGGGCGAGUCCCAUACGGGUUGAAAGUGCGCUGGUCGACACUUGGGGCCUACAAUACGACCGUAUAUACAUGCUCGUUGAACAAGACAGGAAGCAGGACAACAUGUUUAAGUCGAUGAGCCAGAAACGAUAUCCCAAGGUGAGAAGAGAACAAAGCACCCCUUCUAGAACCACGUUGGUCGCAGACCCCGCCUCCAAACCCGGCUUGUUCUCGAGGGCAUGGUUUCAACUGUUUCGUUCACAUAUUGACCACCUCUCCUCUCGGUCCCUUCAGAUGGCACGACUGGUCCAGACGAUUGAAAUUGGGGUUUCUGGCUGCCCCGAAAGCCUUGUUGUCGUGAACAAAGAUUCCGAAGACCGUGUCCAGAUGGCACUAGAUCCAGAGCAAGUCCUUGACCUUACGGGAGUCGAAGGCCUUUCCAGGAGGUUCGUUACGAUGCCGUUCUAUCCACGCCCACUCCAAUGCUGUGACAUGGGGGACAGUUUCGCCAACUUCUUUACAACCUUUAUGAGGAAGCCCUGUCGGCUGGUCUACCGUGAUCCCAAUCGAGAGGUUUACGGCUCACGGCCAGAGACGGGGUCUCUCCUCUGGGACCGUGUCGCUCCACGCAUCUGGAACUUGAAGCGGCAGUAUCGGACCGCCUUGACCGACGCGGCGCCUUUGCACAUCAUCACUUCUGAAAGCCUGUCGAACUUGUGUGACUUGAGUCGAGGCCACGCCAUUGCACCGGAGCGGUUUCGUCCGAACAUCAUGCUGUCAGGAUGCAAGGCGUGGGAAGAGGAAAGUUGGAAAUUGGUCGAGGUGGACGGUGUCGGCAGAAUCGCCAUCACGUCAAGGUGCCCUCGAUGUGGCGUACCCGACGUGAAGUUGGACACCGGAGAACGAGACCGGGAGGUACAGCCGUCGACCAUUCUCAAAAAGUUCCACACCACUGACCCCAGUCCUGAAUGGGGAGAUCGACCCAUGUUUGGAAUGUGGGCGAUUCAUCUCUUUCAAGGUAACAGGAUCCACUUCACCUAUCACCGUGCAUUCAUCCAAAGGAAAAGAAGGCUUGCUAACGUCACAAUUCCACGACCACGGUAG